AUGGGACUGGAUGUACUGAAGAUGGCUUAUACCUACCAAAGCAGUGUGAUAGGGAAAAUGGAAUGUGUUGGUGUGCCUCUCAAUGUGGCUAUCCACAACCUAGUACCUACUCUGAUGGUGUCUUUAGCUGCGCUGCAGAAAAUCCCCCUUGUCACAAAGAAAUUGCUGAGCUCUCACCAGUGGGAGGCCCGGUCCUUCCAGGGUCUUUUAGACCAAGCAUUAAGAUGGAGAUGUGGAGGUGAUCCCUGCGAGUCAGCUACCUGUGAACCCUACCCGCAAGCCACCUGCAGAGUGGAGGAGCGGUGCGGGAAGUGCCUUCCUGUUUUUAAUAUCGGAGAUCAAGAUGUCUCUUGUUUGCAAGGUUCACAUAAGGUUGAAAAAGCUGGUGUCUGCCCAAGUUCAUCAUCCAUCCAAGUAGGCAGGGGGAUCUUUGUAUGCAGACAGGAUGCAGAUUGCUUUGGUGAUGACAAAUGCUGUUGGAAUGGAGCUGGCUUAGUGUGUACAGAUCCCAUACCCAAAACACAUGAGGGACAGUGCCCAAUACCUUGGGUGUCUGAAUGUCUUAGUCAUCACAGGACCGAUCUUUGUCAGGUUGAUAACCAGUGUGCUCGGUCUGAAAAAUGCUGUGAGUCUGGUUGCGGCAAAGCAUGCCGGCGUAUUUCAGACCAAGUUAAUGAAAAGGCAACUAUGGUUAACUUACUGAUCAAGGCAGGGCACUGUCCUUCUGUUACUGGGAUGAACUGCUCAACGAUCUUUGAAUGCAGCACUGACCAGGGAUGUGGCAGCAACUUGAAAUGUUGUAGCAAUGGUUGCGGCUUGGAAUGCGUUGAGCCGAUUAUUUUUGUAAAAUAUGGUCAGUGCCCAAGGGCAUCUUAUGAGGAAAGUCAAUGUGGCGGUAUGUCAGGAGAUGAUAGAUGCAUACACGAUGAGGAUUGCUACAGUGAUCAGAAGUGCUGCAGUGAUGGCUGCCAGAACAUCUGCAUUCAACCAUGGAAAUAUGCUAAACCUGGAGAGUGUCCCACUGUGUCGGAACAAGAUGAUGAUUCCAUUGACUGUUCUGUUGAUAUGGAUUGUCCUGAUGAGAUGAAAUGCUGUCAGGAUUCAACCACACAUCAACAAAAGUGUGUAAACCCACGAUCCCUAAUAACUUUGCCUUAUCAACCAGCUGAAUUCUGCUAUGACAAUAGAAAACGCUACCACCAUGGUGAUGAGUGGUCACCUGAUCGAUGCUCUUUAUGCCGUUGCUGGGCAGGUGUUAUUAAAUGCCUAAAACUAAGCUGUGUAUCCCCACCUGUAGGCUGUGAUGUUGUCGUGGAUGAGGGGAAAUGCUGUCCUGAUGUCAGAUGUUCAGGAAAUGACACUGGAUUCGAUGACUGCAGUUCUUCGAGUGAAGGGAACCACUUUCACCAAGAAGUCUGGUCAAGAGAUGCUUGUACACAGUGUACAUGUUUUGAUGGAGAAGUGACAUGCACCGUGCCGUCCUGUACUGCUCUAGCCUCUGCCAAUGUGACAAAGUGUCAGAGUGUUCCUCAGCCUGGGUCAUGCUGCCCUCGCUUGGUGUGUUCUGAAGAGGGAUCAGAAUUGGGUAAUCAUUGUUUUGAUACAAGUGGAAUAAUGCACCACACUGGUGACCGCUGGCAUGAGGAUCCCUGCACGGUAUGUCACUGCCAUGGCAACAAAGUGCGAUGCCUUGAUAGAAGCCACAGGUGCCCUCGUCUGCCUCACCCGUCAUGCCGCCUGAUAGAUGUCAAAGGUCAAUGCUGUCCGGAUAUAACGUGCCCUGUGAUUGGAGAAUAUGAUUUAGGAUGUGAGACUAGUGAUGCAUUCUGUCCGGCUACCUGUGAAUCUUGUCAAUGUGAUGUCAACACUCUGAAGUGCAACUUGCCUGCGGAAAAUUGCUCUUUCAACCAGUCUCUGUGCUUCUCCAAAGACCAACAGGACAAUGCUUUAGAGUGUGCAGACACAGUGUGUAACCAAGGUCUGCAGAAAACCUGUAAUGUUAGUGGUGUAUUAUACUAUGCUGGGGAGAGCUGGUCUCAGGACACCUGUACAUCAUGUGUGUGCCAGGAUAAUGUUUCUGUCUGUGCAUCGCUACCCAUGUGUCCAGUGAUCGGGGCUGGUUGCCGGGCAACAUACAUCGAUGGACAUUGUUGCCCAAAUGUUGUUUGUAACACAACAGAAAAUGAUACCGAUUCGUGCAUUGAGGCUGGAGAAAGCCAUGCACUUGGGGACAGUUGGUACCAGGAUCCAUGCACGAUUUGUAUUUGCCAAAAGGGCAUAGUGCACUGCACCAAGAUCCAGUGCCCCACCCUGAAACCCAUGUCCGGGUGUCGGCUGCUUCAUGUCAAGAAUGCUUGCUGUCCAAUCAGAAUAUGUCGUCAGGGUGCUUCUUCUGUAGACAAUCCUGUUAUUACCAAUACACCUCUUCCAAUGGCUGCAUCCGUGCCUGAGCUUCAGUACAGGGAUAGAUAUCGCUUAGACUGGGGGAAGUGCAUCUCUUUUGGUAUUUCUACAUUCUGCACCAGGGCUGUUUGCGCCCGUCCAAGAGAAAGAUGCAAUGAGAUUGCAUCAGAUGCAAGUGUUCUAUGCCCAUCUAUUGAUUGCCCAAGAGAUAAACCAGGCUCAUGUCCUCCAAUGCCCUCUGACACUAGUGGACCAUGUGUUUCUCAGUGCCAUAAUGAUGCAGAUUGUGACGGAGCUUUAAAAUGCUGCUCUGCUGGCUGCUCACUGAGGUGUAUACAGCCUAUUCUGCCACAAGUUGUACCAUACCAACAGCGCUGUAUAGACAGCUACGGGACACGCAGAUCAGAAGGGGAUAUCUGGUAUCGGGAUGCUUGCAUCCAGUGUUCCUGUGUGAAUUCCUCAGUUGUUUGCAAGUCCAAGGAAUGUGUUCAACCUCCGCCAGGCUGCCAACUCCUAGACCCUUACAAGGAUGACUGCUGUGGGACUGUUGUUUGCCCUCACACUAUGGAAAGGAGCUGCUUCCACCAUGGCCACUCCCACCCCCAUGGAAGCUACUGGUAUCCUGAUGACUGCCAGACCUGUCGAUGUGAAUUUGGGCGCGAGGUCUGCACCUCUUACCAGUGCUUGCUGACCACCCAGGAGGGCUGUAUCUUCCAGCUUCUCCCCAAUCGAUGCUGCCCAGAAAAGUUCUGCCAACCAAUUGAUGCCUGUAUCCAUGAAGGCAUAGCACAUCUAAAUGGAGAGAAAUGGUAUUCGAUGUCUCAGGAAUGUAGCUGCGUCGAUGGCAAAGUCAAUUGCAUAACAAUUGACUGUCCAUCAUCUACCAAUGGACAAGAAUGCAUUAAUGGAGAGACUGGUGUGCAUGAAUUCUGUCAGGACAUAACCUGUCAAUCUUCAGGUGAUUAUUUUCUUCUGUAUUGGAUUCAGUGGAACAAAACUUAAUUGAUUUUUUGUGUUCAACAUGCAAGUUCUGAAAUAAAAAGGUAACCUUAAUAUUUUCUUUAGUGCAGAAAUGACGAUUAAAUCAAUUGUUCAACUUACUUAAUUGAAUUGAAAUCAUUUACAUUUGCCAAUGCAGCAAUUUGUAAUCAUUGGUCACAAUAUUUGGGUGUUAAAAUCCAGUUAUCUCAACAUGCAAAUAAUAUGAAGAAAGCUCAUAAAAAAAGACUUAAAAUAGUUUAUUAUGAAUGACAGCAAUGACAAUAUUCUUUUUCAGAGAAAGAGAUCUCUAUAGGAAUCAGACGAUAGUGUCCUGAUAAUAUGAGGUUGUAAACAUUUCCAUAUUUCUCAAACAUACCUUUUUUCUGAGAUGCCCCUAAAAUGUUCAAUGCCUCAGUGACAGUUGACCCAUAACAGAUAAUAUCCUGAAUAAGGAAUGCAAGUACAUAC